AAAUCCCCCAGGGCUGAGGCACGAGCACUGUCACUUUUCACAGAUGGUGACGAUGCUGAUCCUGAUCCUGCUGCCCGUGGCCUUUCUCCUGCCCCCCGGGACUGGGGCUGGUGAGAUCAUCGGGGGCUGGGAAGCCAAGCCCCACUCCAGACCCUACAUGGCCUAUCUGGAAAUACAACGUGGAGACAAAAGUUCAUUCUGCGGAGGGUUCCUGGUGUCGAAGAACUUCGUGCUGACGGCCGCUCACUGCAAUGGAGACAAGAUCACCGUAUCUCUGGGAGACCAUAACAGAAAACGAGUGGAUAAUAAACUACAAAAGAUCACUGUGUCUGGAAAGAUUUCCCAUGAAAACUACAACAAGACCACCUACAACAAUGAUAUCAUGCUGCUGCAGCUGGCAGAGAGAGCGAAGCUGAAUACAUGGGUGAAAACCAUCGACCUGCCCCUCACCCGCAAGAGAGUAAAGCCAGGGAUGAAAUGCAGCGUCGCUGGUUGGGGCAGGACUGUAGCACGGAAUAAUUCCACGACGUCCACCACACUCCAGGAGGUGGAUGUGGAGGUGCUGAAGGAUGAUGAGUGCAUGUAUUCUCACUAUAAUGCCUCUACAAUGAUGUGUGUGGGGGACCCAGAGAAGGGCAAAGAUUCUGCAAAGGGUGACUCUGGAGGCCCCCUGGUGUGUGGGAAAAUGGCCCAGGGCAUCGUCUCCUGGGGGCCUUACAGACCUCCCGGGGUGUACACAAGACUCUCCACCUUCAUCUCCUGGAUACAGGCGAUGAUGAGGAGGCUGCAGCCCUGAGCCGUGCAAGGAAUCGCUGCACAAGCCAGAACCAUGCCGCUUCCGUCCUUUGGAGAGGCCCAGAUGUAGUGUCUGCUUCACAGAUGGGCUGAGCCCCUCCAGGCUGAGCCCCCCCCAGCCAUCGCUCUAUUCAGCCAAUGCCUAACCCAUGAGCAUCAAGGCAGGGAGCCCAGGGAAGUUAGGAGUCAGGUUCAAGGCCAGAGUCCGUUGGCUUCCUUGGAAAUCCUGCCUCUUUGCUAGGGAAACAGCUGGUUUAUUUCCCUCACAGUGAUGGAUACGAGCCAAAUCUUGAGGAAGACCCAGUGGUUGUAGCUCAUCCCUCCUAUCAACCUCUUGAGUGACUUUUUAUGGGAGAUUGUCAUCAUUACCUGACCGGUUGUGUUAAAACUGCAGCCUGCCCUGUCCUCACUGGGCCUUUCCCAAGUAUUAGUUCCCCCCGGAGGAGAGCACCUACCAUUCCAAACACACCUGUCCCCACAGUUGGCAAGGCCAGUGGGACGGGAACUCAGCGAAGGUUACUGACCACCUCCUUUCCACCUCUCCUGCCCUGCCCUGCUGCUUGGCCUGCUGCAUUUUGCUUGCUGCUUCAUAGCCAGCAAUGAAUAAAAAUGAAGUUAC